CCCAAAUGGCGUGACGUUCCCCAGCAUCAAGAGCAAGACGUGACAUCAGCACCUUCUUGGCUUUGAACUUAGUAUUGGCGAAUAUUUCGAACUAAAAGCCAUGGACAGAGAUUUGUUCUUUUAAAAGGAAGAAUUAAAACAACUAUAUUUGUUUUUUUGUUUCUUUUUUUCCAGACGAUUUUGUAAUUUCAGACGACUUUUCGUAAUUCCAUACGAUUUUCAUAACUUCAGACGAUUUUCAUAACUUCAGACGAUUUUUGUAACUUCAGACAAUUUUAAAAUUUCAGACGAUUUUCGUAACUUCAAACAUGCACAGAGAUGUGAAAUCUGUUCUAUUAGAUGAAGUGAAGUCAUACAGGCCAUCCAGAUUAAGAUCUGUUGAGACCAGGGUGACUAGAUAUGGUGGAUUACAGGAGUUAGAAAAGAAGUCCAGUUCUGGUGACUUCUGUGUAACCACAGAUGACGCAACACCCAGUAGAAGAAGGUGGUUUGCGCAGGACUAUCGACCCGAUCUUCAGGUGGCUCUCAUCUUGCCAGGUUUAUUACUAGGUUCGCAAGAUGUCGCCAAAGAUCUUGCCCGACUGCGAAAACUUGGCGUGACUCACAUUCUGAAUGUGGCCACAGGCGUCCCCAACUGUUUCCCAGCAGAAAUAACUUACAAACGACUAAACAUAAGGGACCAUCCAGAUAUGGACAUUCAUCGUUUUUUCAGCGAAUGCCAUAAAUUCAUGGAUGAGGGUCGACGUAAAGGCUGGAUAUUUGUGCAUUGUAAUGCUGGCAUAUCUAGGGCCGCUACUAUUUGCAUUUCUUACUUAAUGAGCCGACAGCACAUGCGACUCCAAGAUGCUAUUAAUAAAGUAAAAGAAGCGAGGCCUAUCAUUUGCCCUAAUGAAGGAUUCAUGUUGCAAUUGAGAGACUAUGAAAAGGAAUUAUUUGGAAUAGGCUAAUCUACUUAAAGCUGUCGUCCCCAACAUGCAGAAAAAACUCGGUUUUCUGUAAAAUGUAAAAAUUUUUGUUUUCUGUAAAAUGUGUCUUAAAGUCAGCUUUCAACUUUUGUACAACUUACCAAUACACACUAUUGAAUUGACAUAUGUGAUCAAAAAGAACAAUAUGACAAUCUAAUUGAAGCUUUUGUCUCCUAAAUUGUAAAAAGAGAAGUAAAAACUCUAUGUUCAUAUUUUCAUGUUAAAGCCAACAUUCACCUUUCGUACAUUUUGCUAACAAAAUCUAUUGCAUUGACAUGAAUGAGAAUUAUUUGGAAGAUGAAUUUAUUUGGAAUAGGCUAAAAUCUGUUUUAAUCUGCUGUCUCCUAAAAUAUUAAAGUCAAGAAAAAACUCUG